AUGUUUAUAUAUCAACCAUUGUUUUACUUCAUAGCAUUUCUGGGGCAAAUACUUUCGAUUAUAAGUUCAAGGUGAUUAUUAGUUUGGUUAAUGAUAGAAUUAAGACUUUUGACUAUUAUACCAGUCAUAGUAAAUUAUGGGAAAUAUUUGACAUUAUCCUGUGAAGUUACCAUAAAAUACUUUAUUAUUCAAAGCAUAAGAAGAAUAUGAAUUAUGUUAGGGGGGUAUAUAUUAUGAGACCUGACCACAGGGCCCGGAGUAUUCAUACUGGUUUUCUUGAUUGGUUUAAUAUUUAAGUUAGGAUUGUUUCCGGGGCAUUUUUGAGUAAUUCAAGUGGUUUCAGGACUGAAAAAACUUCCUCUUAUUUUUAUUUUAUCUAUUUUGAAACUGGCACCACUAUUUCUAAUAGUUACACUAAAUAUCUCUGUGAAUAUCGACCUAUUUAGUGUAAUAGGAGUAAUAUCCCUCGUAGUUGGUGGAUUGCUAGGUAUUAUUCAAUCAACAGUCCGGGGAGUGUUGGGAAGGUCAAGUAUCUCCCAUAGAGGGUGGAUGAUUAUUACUAUUAUGAUAGAUACCUUUAUUCCCUAUUUUUUAGCUUAUGUUGUAACACUAACUAUAUUUUUACUAGUAUGAGGAAAAAAUAAUUAUCUAGCUAGUAUAAUAAUGAUUUCGUUUUCUGGACUUCCCCCAUUCCUGUUGUUUUACCCGAAAGUCUUAGUAUUCUCGAUAUUAGUUGAAAAUUCGAUAUGAGCCAUCAUUGUGUGUUUAGUGAUAAUGAGUGUUGUCAGGUUAUAUUUUUAUUUGAAAAGAAGUUACUCGUUGGUUUUAAUUCGAAUUUUGAAUUAA